CUCGCCGCCCGAGAACGCGGACGGGGAAGACGAUUCUCCGGCCGGUGGAUUUGUUCUGCAAUUGAAUAUGGAACAAAGCACCCAUCAGCAGGCAUCCACAUCCCGGCAGCAGGGCGAGCAGGCCUCUUCCCCCAGCGGGGCCAAUAGGAGUGCGCCAGCGUCUAGUGCCCUGGCUGUUGUGCCUCCUCCAAGUGCGCGCGGACACCUCAAGGUCUUUUGGGACGCUUUCCUUGCAAGCGGAGCAAAGGCACUGCAGGAAGAAUACAGUCCCACCGAGAGCGAUGUUGAAGCGGAGAAGGGGCGUGACGCGAGGAUGUUUUUUCGCAUCGUGCGGACCAGGAGCGGCAGCGGGGAUUUGGAGCCUGGUCGCAUCGUACGUGAUUCAAGCCGCCCGACAAUCACGGAUUCGGAUGAGUUUUUCCUGGAGGUUGCGCAGAGUGACGGAAGAAUGACCAAGGGUACCUCCGCGUCUUCUGCCGGAAGAGUGGUGGAGCGCCGUUGCGUUUUGGAGUAUGACGAAAGCAGCG